AACAGACAGAGCAGCCGGUCUGAAGGCUGAAGUAACUCUCGUGUGUUUGUGUGUGUGGCUUCUUUUUCCCUUUUCUUCUUUUGCAAAAUGCUGCCUUCUCUCUCCGAGGCGGCCGAACCGCCGGCUGGAUGACUCUGGCGACGAGGAGCCGGCCUCGCAGUCCGAGAAGAGCGAACUGCACGGCACUCUGAAAAACCUCUCCAGUAAGCUGGAAGAUCUCAGCACCUGCAACGACCUCAUCGCCAAGCACGGGGCGGCUCUCCAGCGGUCGCUGAGCGAGUUGGAGAACCUGAAGCUGCCGGCCGAGAGCGGGGAGAAGAUCAAGGCCGUCAACGAGAGAGCCACCCUCUUCCGGAUCACCUCCAAUGCUAUGAUCAAUGCCUGCCGGGAUUUCCUGGAGUUAGCCGAGACCCACAGCCGGAAAUGGCAGCGGGCACUCCAGCAUGAACGCGAGCAACGGAUCCGCCUCGAGGAGACCAUUGAGCAGCUAGCCAAGCAGCACAACAGCUUGGAGCGGGCCUGCCGAGGCGCCCCGUCUCACUCCUCGAGCACCACCAUCCACGCAUCCAAAGGAGGGAGCGUGCAGAGUGUGAAAGGGGAAGCCAGCGACGAAGAUGAGGAGACCGAGUACUUCGACGCCAUGGAGGAUGCGCACGCUUUCAUCACAGUAGCUGCCGAUCCAUCAAAGCACAGGCGCACGGACAGCAACAUCAGCGGGGCCAGCGAAGGUCGGGCCGAUGACUGGAACCUCGAUGACAGCGUGUUUGAGAGCUCCAAUCAAAGCAGCCAUGACACCACGAGCAAAGAGGUCGUGCCCAAGAAGAAGAGGCGGACACGGAUCCCGGACAAGCCCAACUACAGCCUUAACCUCUGGAGCAUCAUGAAGAACUGCAUCGGCAAAGAGCUCUCCAAGAUUCCCAUGCCCGUGAACUUCAACGAGCCGCUCUCCAUGCUGCAGAGGCUGAUGGAGGACCUGGAGUACCACGAGCUGCUGGACCGAGCCGCCAAGUGCGAGAACGCCAUCGAGCAGAUGUGUUUCGUGGCCGCCUUCUCCGUGUCUUCCUACUCGACGACGGUCCACCGGACGGCCAAGCCGUUCAACCCGCUCCUGGGCGAGACCUACGAACUCGACCGCCUGGACGAAAUGGGCUUCCGUUCGCUCUGCGAGCAGGUGAGUCAUCAUCCUCCAGCUGCGGCCCAUCACGUCUACUCCAAACGCGGCUGGACCCUGUGGCAGGAAAUCACCAUUGCUAGCAAGUUCCGGGGCAAAUACCUCUCCAUCAUGCCUCUAGGUGCCAUCCACCUGGAAUUCCACUCCAGUGGCAACCACUACGUCUGGAGGAAAGUGACUUCCACCGUCCACAAUAUCAUCGUGGGCAAGCUCUGGAUUGAUCAGUCCGGUGACAUAGAAAUCAUCAAUCACAAAUCGAAAGACAAAUGCCAAUUGAAAUUCACUCCUUACAGCUAUUUUUCCAGAGACAUCCCCCGAAAGGUGUCGGGCGUGGUGACAGACACCAAUGGCAAGGCCCACUACGUCAUGUCCGGCACGUGGGACGAGAAGAUGGAGUGCGCCAAGAUCGUCAACAGCAGCCACGGAAGCACCAGCAGCUCGGAAGGCAAGCUGUCGAAAACGGUCUACCAGACUCUGUCUCCCAAGGUCCUCUGGAAGAGAUACCCCCUUCCGGAGAAUGCCGAAAACAUGUAUUACUUCUCCAGCCUUGCUUUGGCCUUGAACGAGCCCGAGGAAGGCACGGCCCCCACGGACAGCCGCCUGAGGCCUGACCAGCGGCUGAUGGAGAACGGGAAGUGGGACGAAGCCAACGUGGAGAAGCAGAGGCUGGAGGAGAAGCAGAGAGCCGUGCGCCGCCGGCGGGAAGCCGAGGCCGCCGAAGCGCUGGAGGAAGGCAAGGACUACGAAGGCUACAUCCCGCUGUGGUUUGAGAGGAAGGUCGACCCGACGACAGGGGAGCUGAUUUGCACCUACAAGGGCGGCUACUGGGAAGCCAAGGAGAAUCAGGACUGGAGCAUUUGCCCCAACAUCUUCUGAGCGGCUCCUCGCUGGGCCAGGCGAGGCCGACCCAACCCUGCCCCCCCCCGGGACCUUGGAGCCGGCAGCGGAAGCCCUCCCUCCGGACGGCGCUCGGCUCUUGACACACACUUCGGAAGAAACACACGCUAAAGUUCGAAAGAAACACGUCAAUAUAUAUAUUUUUUUUCUAAAGAAAGAGAAACAACAAGACGAAACCAAACAGGGAUUCCAGACCUAUUUUUAUGCACUAAUAAAAUGGCAUUUGAUUUUUUUUUAAGUGACUUUUUUAAAGCUACGAAUUAGGAUUUGAGAGAUUAUGGAUAUUGUUGGGUUUUUGUUUUGUGUUUUCCUUUGAAAGCCUGGCCUAUUUAUUGCUGCAUCAACGGCUGCAGCCUUCUUUCUCUUUUAAGAUCU